AUGAUAAUUUAUCUAAUUUUGCUACCAUAUUAAUUAACAUAAGCCAAUUGGAAUGUUGCAAUCAAAUAUUCUACAUUAUGCACUUGUAAUUAAAUAAUUUAACCCACAUUAUGUAGUUAAAGCAAAUUUUGCUUAGUUGAUAUUGAUUUUCAAUGUACUGAAGUGCUUAAUUAUAAUUGUUCUUAUUUCAAUGAAUAAACAGUUCUCUAUUUAUGUUCACAAUUAGAUAGAUGCUAUUAUAAAAAUAAAAAAUGCAAAGAAUUGAAUAAUUGUACAGAAUUAACAGGUUUAACAAAUUAAGAAUGUUAAUAAUAAUCAAAAAGAUGUGGCACAUCUUAUAAUAAUAUAUGUUAAUUGACAUAAUGUUAAAGUUAUUCAAAUGAAAUUGACUGUAAUGAUUCUUGGUAUAAUAUACGUUUUGACAAUAUUGGUUAUGGAAGUGUUUGA